AUGCCGCCGUUCGUCCCCCGCAAGCGCUUCUCCUCCGAGGACCCGCCCCCGGCCAAACGGCAGGCCCAGGCCGAGCCGGCCAAGCCCUUCCACAUUGAUGAUUCUGACUCUGAUACGGACUCCUCGCUGAGCGAUGUGCCCGAGGAGUCCGGCGCCAAUGAUACCCCUCAGGCGCCGCUCGCAUCUGAUGACGACGACGAAGAAGAAGAAGAUGAUGACAUCGACUGGGAAGAUGCGAUCGACACCAAGACGACGAGCACGACAACUCCAACCCUGGCCGUGCCCGAGAUACAGGAUCUGGAAUUAACGCUGGACAAGGACGAUACACACGUGUCAGAUCUCUUGGACGGCAAGAAAGGGCCGUCCAAGAUCGAGCGCCUGAUUCGCACUCAGACACAUUGCAUGCAUGUGCAAUGCCUACUCUUCCAUAACGCAAUUCGCAAUUCGUGGAUCAAUGAUAAGAAAGUACACCAAACACUACGACAGAAGCUGCCCGAAGGCAUUCAGAAAGAAGUGAAGAAAUGGCGCAUUGCCGCGGGGUUGGAGAUUCCGGAGCCCAAACCGGAGCCACCCAAGAGCAAGAAGAAGGGAAAACAGGCACGGAAGAAGCAAGACUGGGAUGAAAAAUCACAACGACUGGAGCCGGGUCAGCCAGACAUGAGCGCGGGUGACCCGAUUAUCCCCCUGCUCAAGGUCCUGGUUGCAUAUUGGAAGAAACAGUUUCGCAUUACAGCUUCUGGUCUACGGAAGCAUGGCUAUCGCUCAGUCUCGUCGGUCGAAGCAAUAUUGAAGGAGUUUCGCGAGGAAGAUCACAGUCCGGAGCUCCACGGUGAAUGCAUUGCCAAUCUGGAAGAGUUUCGAUCAACAGCAGAGCGCAUGCAAGGCUCCCGGGAUGUUGGCGCCCAGCUCUUCACAGCUCUGAUCAGAGCAUUGAACAUCGAAGCACGGCUUGUAGGCAGUCUCCAACCACUGGGAUUUGGCUGGACCAAAGCAGAAACCGCCUCACCAUCGACACCAUCGAAGACGGAGAACCCGGAGAAAGUCGAGUCUGAUGUUGAGGCUGGUGGGUUCGACCCGGAGACCGACUCAGAACAGGACCCCCCAAAGACAAAGAAGGACCAAGCACAGUAUGACAAGGACCUGCCCUUUCCUAUCUACUGGACCGAGGUUGCCUCACCGGUCACACACCAGAUCAUCCCAGUGGAUCCUUUGGUCCUUGCGAAUCCCGUUGCCACAACUCCAGAUUUUCAAGCAGCAUUCGAGCCACGUGGGGCCAAGGCAGAGCGCGUCAAGCAGGUAAUAUGCUAUGUGGUUGCGCACUCGACUGAUGGAACGGCCAAAGACGUCACAACGCGGUACCUCCGACGGCGAACGUGGCCCGGCAAGACGAAGGGAUUCCGGAUGCCCGUGGAGAAGAUUCCGCAACCGGGCCGCCGGGGACAAUACUUCGAGUAUGACUGGUUCCGAAGGAUCAUGCGUGGAUAUGAAAGACAUCCAGAACGCAGAACCAAGGUUGACGAGAUUGAAGAUGCAGGAGAUCUUCAACGAAAACAGCCGGAGAAGAAGAAAGCGACACAGACGACUGAUACACUACAAAGCUUUCGCCAAUCGACUGAAUUUGUGCUGGAACGCUUCCUGCGCCGCGAAGAGGCACUGAGGCCGGGCGCAGAGUCAGUACGUACCUUCAUUGCAGGCAGAGGUGUCAAAGCGAAAGAAGAACCUGUGUUCCGUCGAGCGGACGUGGUCAAGUGCAUGUCGGCGGAGAGCUGGCAUAAAGAAGGGCGGCAGGUCCAACCCGGCGCAGUACCUCUGAAAAGAGUGCCCAUUCGAGCCGUGACUCUCAUGCGCAAGCGUGAAGUCGACGAGCUGCAGCGUGAGACUGGAGAGAAACCAAUGCAGGGAUUGUAUGCUCGUGACCAGACCGAGUUUAUCAUCCCUCCACCCAUUGAAGACGGCAGGAUUCCAAAGAACGACUAUGGGAAUAUCGAUUGCUUCGUUCCUAGUAUGAUUCCUCGCGGCGCUGCCCAUGUCCCACUGCCAGGAACUGUCCGAAUUUGCAAGAAGCUGGGCAUCGAUUACGCAGAGGCAGUGACCGGGUUCGAGUUCGGUUCAAAGAUGGCCGUUCCCGUUAUCCAGGGUGUGGUCGUAGCUGCUGAAAAUGAGGGCCUGCUGAAAGAUGCCUGGCGCAUUGACGCUGCUGAAAAACGCAAGCGCGAAGAGCUCAAAGCUGAAAAGCGGAUUUUGCAGACAUGGCGCAAGUUCCUGUUCGGCUUGCGUAUCGCCGAACGUGUUCGUGAAGAAUACGGUGGAGAUGAGGAUGCAGAUCGCGAGCGAGAAUCUCACAAUCCAUUUGCAACCAAGAAGAAGCACCGGGAAGUGCACGGCUCUGAUGAAGGGCAUGAAGAGGACCAUCUGGAAGAGACAUCUCACAAUCCCAUUGAUCACGGUGGUGGGUUUCUUUUGCCUGGCGAAGGAGAUGAUGGGGAUGAUGGCUUGAUUGUCGAAGAGCACCAUGACCAAAGCGCGGAGGGCCCUUCUAAUCCUGAUUCUCAUGACUCUGGGAGCGAGGAUGAAGGUUUAGAGGGGCUGUCUCCACCCAUCUCGAUAUCCGAGGACGACGAGGGCGACGAGCCUGAAUAUGCACCAUCACCACGAAACACAAGACGGCGACGUCGAGGCGGUUGA